CGUUUCAACUUUCAACUUUCAACUUUCAACCUUUACUUUACUAUUCGUCUGUCCCAUUACUUGACGUCUCUGUCGUCCAAGCGACAGCAGCAGCCAGCCAGGAUGGCGCCACACUUGCCAUCUCUCUUCUCUCUCUCUCGCACUUACCUCUCAACCUCGGCCUAUCACAACCCUCCACGUGUAUUAUGUACAAAUUAGAAGAAUCGCAAUCAAAAUUCCGGUAAUGUUAUUAUAGCCCACUUGUUGAAAUCCCGAUUAUUAAUAAAUAUAUUGUUCCCAGAAGCUCCAAGAACUCCCAACUUUCUUUUUCCUCUCUGAAAAAAAAAAGAUAUUGUGGCAAAGAUUAUAUCUAUAGUUAAAAUGGCACAAGAUACUUCUGCUGCUGCUGUUUCACCUCGACGACGUUCUGGUCUCUUACGUGAUCAGCUCCAACUCGUUAAGAAGAAGGAUACUGAUCGUUACGAGAUUGUGCCAAUUCAAGAUACAUUAUCGUUCGAGAAAGGUUUCUUCAUAGUAAUUCGAGCAAUGCAGUUGUUGGCUCAAAAGAAUGAUGGGUUCACAUUAGUCGGAGUAGCAGGUCCUUCUGGAGCUGGGAAGACUGUUUUCACUGAGAAGGUGCUCAGCUUUAUGCCUAGCAUUGCUGUCAUUACAAUGGACAACUACAACGACGCUAGCCGUAUCAUUGAUGGCAACUUCGAUGAUCCACGCCUUACAGAUUAUGCCACAUUGCUUGAAAACAUACAUGGUUUAAGAGCAGGGAAACCUGUUCAGAUCCCGAUAUAUGAUUUCAAGACUAGCUCUCGCGUAGGGUACAGGACAAUUGAAGUCCCUAGUUCACGUAUUGUGAUAGUGGAGGGUAUAUAUGCCUUAAGUGAAAAAUUGCGGCCUUACCUAGAUCUUCGCGUAUCUAUCACUGGUGGAGUUCACUUCGACCUUGUCAAACGUGUUUUACGAGACAUCCAACGUGCGGGCCAAGAGCCUGAAGAAAUCAUUCAUCAAAUAUCUGAAACGGUAUAUCCUAUGUACAAGGCAUUUAUUGAGCCAGAUCUCCAGACAGCACAUAUAAAGAUCAGUAACAAAUUCAAUCCCUUCACUGGUUUUCAGAAUCCCACUUAUAUUUUAAAGUCAACUAAGGUUUUGACAGAUGAUCAAAUAAAAGCCGUUCUUUCUGAAGAUCACAAAGAAACUACAGAGGAAACUUAUGAUAUUUAUCUUCUUCCCCCAGGCGAAGAUCCCGAAGCAUGUCAGUCCUAUCUACGGAUGAGGAACAGAGAUGGCAAAUACAAUCUCAUGUUUGAGGAAUGGGUUACAGAUAGUCCUUUCAUAAUAUCACCUCGAAUAACUUUUGAAGUUAGUGUUCGCCUUCUCGGAGGGCUUAUGGCUUUGGGGUAUACGAUUGCUAGCAUCCUAAAAAGAAGAAGCCACGUAUUCUCUGAUGAUAGGGUUUGUGUGAAAACUGAUUGGUUGGAGCAACUUAAUCGUCAGUAUGUCCAGGUGCAAGGAAAGGAUCGCUUAUAUGUUAAAUUCGUUGCGGAGCAGCUGGGCUUGGAUGGAUCAUAUGUGCCUCGAACUUAUAUUGAACAGAUUCAGCUGGAGAAACUUGUAAAUGAUGUUAUGGCACUUCCAGAUGAUUUGAAGUCAAAGCUCAGCAUAGAUGAUGAUUUGGUUUCAAGCCCUAAAGAAGCUCUCUCGCGAGCAUCAGCAGAUAGAAGAAUGAAGUAUCUCAACCGGGGUGGAUCACAAUCAUUUUCAACCCAGAGGGACAAGACUAUGGCCAAACUGACAAGGCUUGCUGUUAACAAUAGAAGGUUUGAUGGGAGGGCCCCGGAAUCACCUGCAACGCUUUCGAAUCAGGGAAUUAUUACACAACUCUCAGAACAAAUUUCCACACUAAAUGAGAGAAUGGAUGAAUUUACAUCUCGCAUUGAAGAACUUAAUUCCAAAUUCUCUGCCAGGAAAGUCUCGGCCAGCCAACAAAACCUGGCACUGCAGGCCGAAGCAUGCAAUGGGUCUGGACCGACAUCUCAUUUCGUCAGUGGCUUAAGUAAUGGUUCCUUGACUGGAACUCUUCUGCCCAAUUCUUCGUCGUCUUCUCAGUUGGCUAAGGAGUCUCCACUGAUGGAAGAGUUACUAGCUAUUUCGCGAGGGCAGCGUCAGGUCAUGCACCAAAUAGACAAUCUGAGCAAUCUUCUGCGCGAGUUUUCGGGAGACAGAUUCCGCCAUGGAAGAACAGAGGGGACUAGCAGAACCAUUGAUGUUGAUUCAAUAACUGGUCCCCUUUUACUAACCUUAGCACUUGGUGGUUUAGGUGUCUUCUUGUUCAGAAGUCUAGCUUGGUAGAAAUAAACUUCAGUGGCUAGCAGCUCAUUUUCAGCUUUCUUCCAAUGAUAAAAGGGCCAUCAAUUGUCUGGUGAAGUCUGGAUCCGCAGUGGGAAGUAGAUAACCAAUAAUGUUUUCUUGAUAUACGACCUGGGAUAUGUACUGUAAAUAACCUGUAUAAAUAGGUGCCAAAGAGGACUUAUUUUCGACAAAUGUUGUCAUGCAUGCGUUUUUAUUUAUUGGCUUAAUUUAUGCUCUAGUUCAAAAAGUCCCAAGUUCAUAUUCCAUCAAAUUUUCAUGCUUGGGAUUUAUGCAACUGGUAUUAUUACCAGUGGACCUGCAGCCUAAAGCCUGAGCGUCUCGGUUAAAGCUGCAAGAAGAUAUUUGCAUUUUGUCAAGGGCUUCUUCAGUGAGGCUGGCUGCGAGUUCGUCAAUGCUCGAAUUCUCUCUCAACUUUGUCACUUCUCACUUCCUUUGCGACUUUUUCUUGUGUGCUCGGGCGCUUGCAGAGCCACGCAAAAGAACCAGGAUAGGGUGGUCAAUGUGCUGCCUUUUCCAACAAUUAUAAAACUCAGAAAUCAUGUCCUUUUAUGUACUCGACAUCUUUCUGUCCCAAUUCUUCAAAUCUAGACAAAAUGUCUUCUUUCUUCACCUAUCAUUUAUAUAUCAUUGUUACCAUCAGCAAUCAUAAAUAGA